GCCCGGGCAGCUGCGGUCUGGAACUGGGCUCGCCAGAGGCGGCGGGGCUACGGGCCGGCCCAGGUGGCGGUGGGAGGCCGCAGCUCAGCCCCCAGCUCCAGGCAGCCGUCCAGCCCCCCGCCCUCCCCCCAGCCUCCCGGCCGGGCACAGAGAGGGCGCCGUCAGGGGCGCUAGGUCCAUGAAGGCCCACGUGGCCCCCGUGGGGCUGCUGGAUGCCCAUCCGCUUUCUCCAGAUGACGUCACGCCCCUAGCCCUGACGUCACGUCGGGCCUGUGACGCACGCGGCCCCGCGGGGCCCGGGGCCCCGAGUCCGAUGGCCCAAGCCGCGCGGCUCCUGCUUCUGGGGCGGCUCGCGUGCGCCCCGGGGCGGUGGGCAGAAGCCCGGGGGCGCGGGCGCCCGCGCGCCCUGGGAGGCCUCCCCCUCCUGUGCGGCCCGCCCUCCCUCCGAGGUCCGUGGGGCCACGACCGCCCCGGCCCCGCCCCCAGCCCGUCGGGCCAGGAAGCGCCGCGGGAGCAGCCGGGGGCCAUGGACGGGGCGGUGAUGGAAGGGCCGCUCUUCCUGCAGAGCCAGCGCUUUGGCGCCAAGAGGUGGAGGAAGACCUGGGCCGUGCUCUACCCCGCCAGCCCCCACGGCGUGGCGCGCCUCGAGUUCUUCGACCACAAGGGGUCGAGCGGGGCCCGGGGGGGCUCGCGGCGCCUGGACUGCAAGGUGAUCCGCCUGGCCGAGUGUGUGAGCGUGGCCCCCGUGACCCUGGACAGCCCCCCCGAGCCCGGCGCCGCCGCCUUCCGCCUGGACACCGCGCAGCGCUCGCACCUGUUGGCGGCCGACGCGCCAUCCAGUGCGGCCUGGGUGCAGACCCUGUGCAGAAAUGCUUUUCCGAAAGGCAGCUGGGCUCUGGCCUCUGCUGAGAACCCACCCAAACUCUCUGCCCUGGAGAUGCUGGAGAACUCGCUGUACAGCCCCACCUGGGAAGGCUCCCAGUUCUGGGUGACCGUGCAGAGGACUGAAGCAGCAGAGCGCUGUGGCCUGCACGGAUCCUAUGUGCUGAGGGUGGAGACUGAGAAACUGACUCUCCUGACUGUGGGGGCCCAAAACCAGAUACUAGAGCCGCUUCUCUCCUGGCCCUACACUCUGUUGCGUCGCUAUGGCCGGGACAAGGUCAUGUUCUCCUUUGAAGCUGGCCGUCGCUGCCCCUCAGGUCCUGGGACCUUCACCUUCCAGACGGCAGAGGGAAAUGACAUCUUCCAGGCAGUUGAGACUGCUAUCCAGCAGCAGAAGGCCCAGGGGAAGGCAGGGCAGGGACAGGAUAUUCUCAGAGGUGACUCCCACGAAGGAGAAGUGGCAGAGGGGAAGUUGGCUUCCCCCACUGUCCCCCAGGAACACCUGGGCAGCCCUCCAGCCCUGUAUGCUGAACCUUUGGAUUCCCUUCGCGUUCUUCCAGACCCUUCCCGGGACUCCUUGUACUCUGACCCCUUGGAUAGUACCCCUGCCCAGGUCGGGGAGGGGCCACAGUUAAAGAAACCUCUCUAUUGGGGCACGUAUGAGCGUGUACAGCAGCAGUUGCUGAAGGCCAAGCUGAAGGAUUCCAAAGAGGAUCCCAUCUAUGAUGAACCUGAGGGUCUGGCCCCAGUUACUUUCCGAGGUCUUUAUGAUCUGCCUCAGGAGCCCAAGGAUGCUUGGUGGUGCCAGGCUCGGGUGAAGGAGGAGGGCUAUGAGCUCCCCUACAACCCAGCCACUGAUGAUUACGCUGUUCCGCCGCCUCCUCGAAGCACAAAGCCCCUCCCAGCUCCCAAACCCCAAGGCCUGACUUUCCCAGAACGUGGUGAUACAACUGGCAGUGGCAACAAAGAUCCCGACUCAGACACUGUUGUGUACAGCCAAGUCCAGAAGAGUAUGGCCUCAGGGAGCUGGGACUUUGGACUCUCUAGGACAGGGGCCAACAGACCUGGGGUCAAGUCAGAGAGCUCCACAUGAGAAGGAGAUCCUGGAGGGGAGUUGUUGAGAGAUGGACUGAAAAUGCCACUGGUGUUGGAAUAAAUAAAUGUGUUUAUUCUGAUGGGAAGAAAAAGGCCUGUGUGAAGCCCGGGGCUGGAAGGAUCCGCGGAGACUCAGGAAGGAGGCUCAAACCCAAGACAUACCAGGAGGACAAAUGGCAGGAGCUGAGGGGGUUGGGAUCUGGGUGAACCAUUCCCCCUUUCAGACCAGCUGUUGGACCAAAUCUGGAAGGGAGUGCUUCGAUGAGGCAUGGCUUUAGCUCUGCCUGUCAGGGCCUCUCAGAAGGCUGGAGGGAGAUGCCAGCUGUGCCUGGAUCUUUGCCCCUGUAUAUGUUCUUUGUCAGAGGUAAUAUUAAAAAAGAAGAUUCUUAUUAAAGCCAAUUUGGAUUUAAGAA